AUGGCUUAUUCCAACAGUGCCAGCGAUCGAAUGGACGAACUGCGUUACCGUAGCCAACAGUCGGCGCGGAACGAUUCGUCCCUCCUUGGGCUCGUGUCUCCUCCGCGAAAUGGCAAUGGCACCAGACUGCCGCAGCCACUGCACACCCAGGACGGGAGAGGAGGAUUGAUGCGGAGGUUUACAACAGACUCCGGCCGUGUACCAACAAUUGCUUCAAUUACCACCCAGCGGGGUGGACAAGAUUCACAAGAUUAUGGGCCAUCUACUUACCAUAAAGUUCAACUCUUAGAGAAAAAGAAACUCGAAUACGAAAGACUGCGCGAGCAGAAACGCCGAUUUGAGGCUGAAAUGCAAUUGCUGGACUUACAGCAACGACGUGAAGAACAAGAACUUGCCCAGAUGCAAGAAGACCUGGGGCGUGGAAAUAAUCCGAACGCAGGCCACCAGUCUGAACCAACAACUCCACCCGAGUACCGCGAAUCAAACUCGGGAUUUCCAACUGUUUUCUCUCGACCAAACCGAUACUCGACGUCAAGUCUCCAAUCUCCUCCAGGAAUCUACAACAGACCAGGUCGUUCUGGCUCUCAACUCACAUCUCCUCAAGGCGGCAUCAUACAGUCAAGACUCAUGAUGGACGACAAGCUCCCCUCCAAGUCAGUUCCUGGAUCUCGACGCAAUAGUGAUGAGGAUGAGAAGGAAGAGGCUGUUCGACAAGAUCCAACAAGCCACAGAUCAACCAAUGCCCUCAACAGAUAUUCCAUGCCAGUCACCAAGUCUCGAAACGGCAUGCAAGAGAUGCUUUCUCUCGAUCAAACCAACACGGCCCGCUUCCUGUUUGGUGAGGACGAGAGCGGUCAAUCUCCUGACAUCAACCAAUACCUGGACAUGAACGGCGCUGAGAACAAGUUUCCAAUUCUGGUCCGUCGAGAUGAAUAUCCCGGCGUGCUUUCCGCUUCCUCCGCUGCUCUUGACUUAGCUCUCUCACAAUCUCCUGGACCUGAUACCAAUGGUUGGGGCGCAAUUUCGAGACACCGCUCUUCCCAAUCGCAACAGAGCCUCCCAUCCAACAAUUCCCAAGGUCAGGGUCUCUCUCAAGCCAAUGGAUCCUCGUCGUCCAUCACCAACGGUCCUGAAUCACCUCUAAGUGGUCGUCCUUCAUACAGACACUCCCUGGACCUCAAAUCUUACUAUGACGGUGGUGCUCAAGAGCCUGCUCAGCUUUCCUCUCCAAAGCAUCAAGCCACUCCGCCUAAGCUGCAGUCUUCCUACUCGGCUAACGAUGUACCCACUAUGAGAUCGACAACAAACGGAAUUCCUUCGGCCAAUACCACCCCAAACUCCCACGCUCAACAACACCUCCACAACCACAACGCCAGCUUAGGGCGUAUUCCACCGAGUGCUAUGAACAACAGACUCAGUCGUGAGAUGACAUCUGCUGAGAGCAAUACCCUUCGUGAGGCUCAGAACGGUGGCUACCAAUCGAUUCAAUCUGCACUCCACGCCAGCGCUCCUCCGUUUGGCCCCACGCUCUCCCAAAGUGCUGCCCAAACCCCGUUGCAACCCGCCAUGGCCUCUCCCAGCGCUCAGCAAGCAUACCCGGUUGGUGGCUACUACAACAACUACGGCAUGCAGCAAAUGGUGAUGGGUAUGCAGAACAUGAACGUUGGCCAGCCACUCUACUCUGCUCACAACCCUUACGCUCCUCCUCAAUACACUCCGCAGAUCUAUACUCAAGCCGGUCCUCGAGACAGCCAAGCUCGUGUCAUUCAGCAGCGCCGACAAAAUGAUGGUGAAGCUAUGAAUCGAUUUGCCAACAUGUCUCUCGAACAGCUUGGAGGAGAGAUCUACGCUCUAUGCAAGGAUCAACAUGGCUGCCGAUACCUUCAGAAGAAGCUCGAGGAUCGCAACCCGGAUCAGGUCCAUAUGAUCUGGCUUGAGACCAACCAACAUGUUAUCGAGUUGAUGACCGACCCAUUUGGAAACUACCUCUGCCAGAAGCUUCUCGAGUACUGCAAUGAUGAGGAGCGCACAGUCCUCAUUGAGAAUGCUGCCAGCGAGCUAGUUCGCAUUGCUCUGAACCAGCAUGGAACUCGAGCUCUUCAAAAGAUGAUUGAGUUCAUCUCCACACCAGGCCAGGUCCAGACCAUCAUCAGAGCCCUUCGAUACCGUGUGGUGGAACUCAUUCAAGACUUGAACGGCAAUCACGUCAUUCAGAAGUGCCUGAACAAGCUCUCCUCUACUGAUGCCCAAUUCAUUUUCGAUGCCGUUGGAACUCACUGCGUCGAUGUGGGAACUCACCGUCAUGGCUGCUGCGUUCUUCAACGCUGCAUUGACCAUGCUUCUGGUGAGCAGAAGGCUUGGCUGAUUCGCCAGAUCUCUGACAAUGCCUAUGUUCUGGUUCAGGAUCCGUUCGGAAACUACGUUGUUCAAUAUAUUCUUGAUCUCAACGAGCCGGUCUUCACCGAGCCUCUGGUCGGCAUGUUCGCCGGUCGAGUUCCCCAGUUGUCCAAGCAAAAGUUCAGCUCCAACGUCAUCGAGAAGUGUCUUCGCUGCGCCCAAGAGCCCUCAAAGGAUAUGUUGAUCGAAGAGAUGCUGCAGCCCGCCGAGCUGGAUAAGCUCCUCCGAGAUUCAUUCGCCAACUACGUCAUUCAGACCGCUCUUGACUAUGCCAAUCCCCCAAUGAAAGCUCGUCUCAUUGAGGCCAUUCGUCCAUAUCUCCCAGCCAUCCGCACCACCCCAUAUGGUCGCAGAAUCCAAGCUAAAAUUCAGGGUAACGAGGGUCGUAGCGGCUCUUCGAGCGGCCAGGCUACACCAGUCGAGGUCGAGCCAGUUCACACUCCUCUUCGCCAUCAGCGUGCUACUUCCAAUGCUUCUGCUGCUGGUUACAUUGCUCCUGCUGGAGGCUACUCGAAUGGCUAUGUCCCAGCUGCUAUCGCUGCCAACGGCGUUGGAUCAACCCGCCCUGCUCCCCAACCAGGCGGCUCUUUUCCUUCCAGCGAGCAACUCGUUUCUGGUCAGGCCCAGCAACAACCAUUCCCAUACGCUUAUGGUAGAGGGGGUGCUGGCCAGACAGGAAAUGGCAACUGGCUGUAA